AUGAAAAGCGCAGACAGUGGGCUUUGCGCUUCUCUGCAGCUGGCUGAAGGACACUCGUCUUUUGUGUUUCUUGUCUCCUGCAGUUUGCACCUCACCACCUUCUGCCUACAGUACAGGCCCACAGUCGUCGCAUGUGUCUGCAUCCACCUGGCCUGUAAGUGGUCCAAAUGGGAGAUCCCCGUGUCUACAGAUGGCAAACACUGGUGGGAGUAUGUGGACCGCACAGUAACGUUACAGCUGCUUAACGAGCUCACCCAUGAGUUUCUUCAAAUCCUGGAGAAGACACCCAGCAAGCUGAAGCGGAUACGAAACUGGAGGGCGAUUCAAGCUGCUAAGAAGCCAAAGACAGAGGGUCCAACUGGGGACAGUGCCUUCCAGGGAACAUCCUUAGAAAGCCUUCCUGGUGUCACCAACUCCUUUUUCCCCUCAGCAUCAGACUCUACAGACAUGCCCAACCUAAAUACCAUCACAACCCCGUUCGCCUCAUACCAGCCACUGAACGACCAAUCAAAGGCUUGCGGGUACGACCAGUUCUCCCAGCCCGCCCACUCAGACUUCACCCUGGUGAAGCCCAAACACAAAGCUGCAGGCGGGACUAGCAGCGAGCUCGCUGUGAACACCGCCGCUUUUUCCCGGCCACAAAAAGUCUUGACUCUGGAAAAGUACAGAGAGAAACAUGCGGCCGAGCUGGCCUUGCAGAACGGCGUUAAGGAGGAGCCGAGCACAGAUGUCUACACUCCUCCGGCAUUGUCUUCUCACCACCACAAGAAACGUUCUCAGCCGCAGCAGGCCAGCCAGCCGGGUGACAGGAAAGAAAAGCCCAGCUCUAAAAAACCUCGCCUCGCCACCUCAUACACAGAAAACGGCUCGGCCACUAGCGAGGAGCUGAAAAUGCGGAUCAAAGUUUCAUCGGAGCGCCACGGCAGCUCGGAGCAGGGCGGGGCUCUGCCAGGCAAAGACAAACACAGAGAGCACAGCAGCCACCGCCACUCGAAACACAGCCACUCGCACUCGUACUCCCUCAGCGCAAACAACAGAGGGGCAAUAGACAACUCUUCCUUAUCUGCCCGUACUCCCGGCAACCACUGCAUCGAGGGCAGCUCCUCUGGCUCAUCUCGUAAGAGACCCCACCCUGAUGCCGGCAACCACAAUCACCACCAUCACCACCACCACCACCACCACUCGUCUAAGAGCAGCAGGACCUCCAAAGGAAGCCUGAGCUCGUCUCACUACUCAGACAGCAACCAGAGGAUGAUGGAGCACCACGGCCACGACGGAACCAACGGCAUGCUGACAUCUAACGGGCAGCACACUGACUACAAAGACACUUUUGACAUGCUGGACUCUUUACUAAGUGCCCAAGGGAUGAACUUGUAACCCAGAGAGUCCCCAGUGUUGUCUACAAUAAGGUAUUACCAUGUUUAUUAAAAUUUUAAAAAUGAAUUUAUUUGUCUUAAGUUAUCUGAAUUCUGCGUCACCCUCAGUCGUGUCUACACACUGAUCAUUGAUGAUUCUUGUCAAACUGUCAAAUGUCAUAGAGCUGUGUACUACUAGCUUGCAGCGCACACACAAAAAUUGGAUGUUUUUGAAAUGCGGCUGAAAAAAGAGGUUUUUAAAUGUUCUCUUAACUUGAGCUGACAUCUAUUUUUAACACAGAUGUUUUUAGUCACAAAAGGGAAGACGCGACCAUUGUGGCAGUUUACAGUUCAUGGUUGUUGGUUUUUGUUUUUUGUUUUUUUGUGUUUUUUUUUUUUUUUUUUUUUUUCCUUUCUUUUUUUGUAUGUUAAGACAUUUUGUUUCACUAAAAAUCUCAGGUCUUGAACUUUUGAUAAAAGAACGAAUCUUCCUCUGUUUGGGUUUAUUACCUGUAUCUGUGGAGAUGUAUCACCUCGUCCGUUUGCUGACGAAAACAAAGCGGCAAAACUUUGGCGUCUCUCUUAGGAAACACGGUCUGCAUAUAUUUAAAAGAGCGCAUCAACAGUUCCGAACAAAUAAAAAUGUGAGGGGGAACUCCAUUUGCCUAUCGGGCCGUGCCUGAAGUUUUGUGCAGAUUCACUAUAGAGCUACAAAUGAAGUUUACUUUACAUCUGCUGUGAAAGUGCAUUUAAGAUAUAGCGGCUGAAAGCGCAAAAAAAAAAAAAGGCCAUGUGAUUGUACCUUGUCAAUUACUAUUCAGUAUGAUAAAUGUUAUUAACUACAAGAAAAUACAGAUCUCUAAAAUAAGAUUGUGUAUAUAGGACUGUAGUUCAGAAUUAAACUGUUAUUGGUUUAUUGCAUCAGUCCAGACCUCCUUCCAUUCAAUGUAUCAUGAGAUCUAAAGCAGACUCUGUAUUGAUGAACAUAUCCUUGAUUUGUGUAUUGGGAGCCCAAAUAAAGGUGUAAAAGAUAACAU